AAGAAACCGGAAGUUGUUCAGCGUCAUUUCCGGUUGCGAAUGUGUAAUGAUGUCGCCUUCGCUAUUUAAUUUUGUCGACGCUAAAGACAAAUUCACGGCGUCUGCCAGGCAUGCACUAGUGGGUAAAACCAGCAAACCUUUGGUGAAUGUGUUCAACCAGUUCCCUGGGAAUGAGGCAGAGAAGAAGACCACCCUCGACCAGGCUCUGAGAGGAGUCCUCGGUGAUCAGAUUGUUGAGCAGAAUGUGAGCUGUGAACAAUACUUGUCUCUCAUCUACCUGAGUAUUGAUGCAGUGACAGAAGGUAUCUGUUCCGCUACAACUCCUUUCCUUCUGCUGGGAGAUGUACUGGACUGUCUCCCCCUCGACCAGUGCGACAAAAUAUUCUCUUUUGUUGAAGAGAAUGUCUCCACCUGGAAAUCGAACUCUUUUUACACUGCCGGGAAGAACUACCUGUUGAGGAUGUGUAAUGACCUUUUAAGGAGGCUGUCCAAAUCCCAGAAUACGGUGUUCUGUGGGCGAAUCCAGCUCUUCCUGGCACGUCUCUUCCCUCUGUCUGAAAAAUCAGGUCUCAAUCUGCAGAGCCAGUUUAAUCUGGACAAUAUAACAGUGUUCAACAAGAAUGAACAAGAAAGCACUUUUGGCCAGAAGCCCACAGAAGAAAAGGAAGAUGGAAUGGAUGUGGAGGAGGGAGAAAUGGGAGAGGAGGAAGCUCCUGCUCCAUGUUCCAUUCCAAUCGACUACAACUUGUACAGAAAGUUCUGGACACUGCAGGACUACUUCAGAAACCCUGUGCAGUGUUACGAUAAAUUCUCUUGGAUGACAUUUCUUAAGUUCUCAGACGAAACCUUGGCGGUGUUCAAGAGCUAUAAAUUGGACGACAUGCAGGCCUCUAAGAGAAAGCUGGAGGAGCUGAGAGCAUCCGGAGGAGAGCAUGUCUACUUUGCCAAGUUUCUAACAAGUGAAAAGCUGAUGGACUUGCAGCUCAGCGACAGCAACUUCAGGCGGCACAUUCUACUGCAGUACCUCAUCCUCUUCCAGUACCUGAAGGGUCAGGUCAAAUUCAAAAGCUCUGGCUGUGUUCUGAAUGAUGACCAGACUACAUGGAUUGAAGAGACAACUAAACUGGUUUUCCAGCUGCUGAAAGAGAUCCCUCCUGAUGGUGACAAGUUUGCCACCAUGGUUGAACAUAUCCUCGGCACAGAGGAGAACUGGAAUGGCUGGAAAAACGAGGGAUGCCCGAGCUUUGUGAAAGAAAGGACGGUAGAUGACAAACCCAAAAGGCCGACCAGGAAAAGACAAGCUCCAGAAGACUUUCUUGGAAAAGGGCCAGACUCCAAGAUCUUCAUGGGAAAUGAUGAGUUGACUCGACUGUGGAACCUGAACCAUGACAACAUGGAGGCCUGCAAGUCAGACAGCAGGGAGUUCAUGCCAUCACUGGACGAGUUCUUUGCGGAGGCCAUUGAACAGGCCGAUCCUGCUAACAUGGUGGAGGAAGAGUACAAGGCUGUGCGAAACCCAAACUACGGCUGGCGCGCUCUGAGGCUGCUGUCCAGGAGAAGUCCACACUUCUUUCAACCGACUAACCAGAAGUUCAAGAGCCUCGCAGACUACCUAGACAGCAUGGUCAGCAAACUGGCCAAAGAACUGCCGAAGGAUAUUCCCUCCGAAGAGAUCAAGACAGGAGAAGAGGAUGACGACGACAACGGAGACAAUCUUCUCAAAGACAGCAACGACAGUCCGAGCAUACAGAGCAAGACUGUGACUAACCAGCAGAUGGACGACAUCGCAGCCAAACUGGGUGCUCAGUGGAAGACGCUGGCAUCUCACUUGGAGAUGAAGGCGGCGGAGCUGCGAGAGAUUGAAACGGACAGCGAAGACGUUGACAUGCAGGCCAAACUGCUGCUCGUGGCCUGGCAGGACAGAGAGGGAACCCAAGCUACUGUGGAGAGCUUGGUCACAGCUCUCAACGCUGCAGGAUUCUCUCAGAUUGCAGACAACCUCAGUGAGGCUUAAAUUAGCUCAUUCAGCACCUCAGUUAUUGUUGCAGCCUCCUUUUUCAUACCAAAAACAAUUUGGAAUUCAACAUUUUUGUAUGUAGUGUAGGUUGAAACCGAAGUUUUUCACUGUGAAAAAAAUCCAAUAAAUGUUUUCUUUUUUUAAAUAAAA